ACUACGUCGUGGGCGUAGCGGCUCCCUUGUAAUGGCGACCGUGCCGUAGCUGUGUGCCCAGGUUUGUGAAAAUGAAGCGAAGAAGAAGUUAUUUCUUCUAAGUGAAUCGCCGAGGUUCCACCUGGAGAAGGAGGACUGCGUUGUCUGCGGCCGUCGUCUCUUUUACGUGGUGUUAACUCAGCCGGCCUUUGGAGCUCCGCUGCCCGCCGAGAUGAUGAAGCUCAAGUCGAACCAGACCCGGACGUACGACGGGGACGGCUACAAGAAGCGGGCCGCCUGCCUGUGCUUCAGGAGCGAGGACGAGGAGGAGGUGCUGCUGGUGAGCAGCAGUCGACAUCCAGACAAGUGGAUCGUUCCCGGAGGGGGGAUGGAGCCGGAGGAAGAGCCCAAUGUUGCUGCAGCUCGAGAAGUGUGUGAAGAGGCCGGUGUGAAGGGGACUUUAGGUCGCUUAGUCGGAGUAUUUGAGAACCAAGAGAGGAAACACAGAACCUACGUCUACGUUCUGGUUGUAACAGAGGUGCUGGAGGACUGGGAGGACUCUGUCAACAUUGGGAGAAAAAGGGAAUGGUUUAAAAUAGACGAAGCCAUGCGAGUGUUGCUGUGUCACAAGCCCGUGCAGGCCACCUACUUCGAGGCGCUCCAGGAGAGCUGCCUCACCAGUAACGGAACCCCCUUGGUGACCACGAUAGGUGGGGACCUCUCCCCCACCUACAGCAUCAACCAGAGCUCAGUCUCUGGCAUCAGAUAACUAAAACCAUAACUCUGACACCCCCUGGAGCUUUUGAGCUUUCGCCACCACUUGCGCUCUUAUUUGUGUCUCUUCUUCAUCUUCUUCUUCUUCUCUUCUUCUGCUUCUUCUUCCUCUACUCUUCUUCUUUUCUUUUUGUCUCAAUAACAUGGUUUGCCUUGCCAACUCCUUUGUGCCAGAACUGUGGCACAGACUUGAUGACAAGUGUUGGGUGAAAAGUCUGAAACACUUUGUAAAUGUAAUUUUGGACCCCCUUCCCACGCCACCUCCUUUAUGUUUUUCUUUUUACUGACAACUGCAUGAAAUGUCCUCUUGCUCCCUUCAUUCUCUUUCCUUAAAGCGCCCUUAGCGUGGUGUUUAUUGAAUGCAAGAACUACUUUUUACUGUUGUAAUGUAAAAGUGUAUACUUAGUGCUUAAGCUGAAGGCUUUUGGUGGUCUUUUUAAUGUGUCCUCCAUUUUUCUUUGGUUAUCUCUCUGUGAAUGAAUGGGCCCAUCAGUGUAGACCCCCCCCUCCCCCCUCCUGCUGUAAGGAUCAGAAGUGCUGUCUGUGUCUGAAUGAACAGAAUUGUGGGAAGUGACUUGUCUUGCAUGAGCACCGUUGUGUUGUGUCACGCUCGGUCGAGUGACCUGAUGCUGACCGCGACAGAUUUGUGGUGAAGUCUUUUGGAUUAUUUGGAAAAGGUCUCUUCAUUUUGCUACUUAUCGUGUUUGUUGAUGUCUCUUUUUAUCAGAAGGAUACGGCCCCUCAGUAGUCUUUCAAUUUCAAGUGCGCCCGCUCUUAUUAGGGGAAACGACCCAAGCACUACAGGUUUCGUUCUCCAACGGAGCGCAUAGACUGUGGAGAGAGUGGAAGAAUUUCAACGUAUAAUGUAAAUGAACCGCCGUUUUUCCUCAGUGUCUUUACCUCCUUUUUAAUCCCAUUUUGUUUUCUUUCUUUCCUUUUUUUUUUUGUUUAAUGCUUUUCUUGUGACUGAUUACAAGGUCUUCCUAAACAUACUUAGAGGGUAGAAGCGGUAGAUUUCAACUAUCAUGGACUUGUAAUUUCAAAAUGCAGCACAUAUCACUUAAGUUAUUAAACCCAGUUCCGCAUUUUACUCCUCACAUUCAGUUUGGUUAAAAGCAUUUGUUUACAUUGUGUCCGUAGCACAGGUGACGUUAGUGGGCACUUUUUUGUCCUUCUGUCCUUAGUAUUUAAUCUGCAUCCCCAGAAACACUCAAAACACCUGCUUGACAUUGAAAGUAAUGGAAUCUAAAAUGCUGUCUUGGGCAAGAUGCAGAACAACAAGCCUUGUACAGUUUGAAACCUCGUUUUUAACAUGUAAAAUGCUUUUGGAUACUCUUUUUUUGUUUUUUCUCCUCUCUAACGUCUGGCAAAAGUCUCUUUAACUGAGCUGCGUCACUUGGCCUCUGUGGCACGAGGCAGCUGGCUCAAUACUGUGAAACUGGAGGCGCUGUAGAUAGCAUGUAAGAGGUUUUUAUUGUAAAUUGUUUAUUUCUGUAUAGAUCAAAGGUGAGAGUACAAAUGACUAAACACAUCUUACACAUCAGUGAGUGCUACGAGGCUGGAGGAAUUGAUUGAACCUCUCGCUGUUGGUUCUGGAGCGGUCUGGACUUUUCUCUUGAGAUAGCGAAGAGAACAUCCGAGGAUAGACGAACUGGGAAUGUGGCUGAGAUAGUACGUGCGAGAAAAGAGCCUAUAAUCAAAAACUCAAACAUUCUUCAGACCAAAUUUAAUUAAAGGCAAGAGAUUAGGUUUUUUUGCAUUUACUUUGGCCAAGCUACGAAAAAUUGUGUGUCUAAACCGCUAUUUAGUUUAGCACCUGCUGUCUUUUUAGGCUAACAGCUGUUCCACUGGUUUUCAGUAUAUUUCCCUCAGAGUGAUUCUUGUUUUUUGGCCCCUUGGGGACAUUGAAACAAGCUUUAAACGCACAUCCAAGAUUUACAGGGAAUAAUUAAUUAAGAGACAUGUUUGUGUCCACCUGUUUAAUGCAACUGUUCUAUAAGCUGCCCAAUUCUCCACUGUGUUAAUCAGUGUUUGCCGUAUAACUGUAGGCAUGUAACGUACAGUUGAGUUGUAGCCUUUUCAUUGAAAACAAGCAAACGCUAUGAGCAUUGAAGGGACCCAAACCAGUCAAUAUCAUGUCUAAAAAUCAUGGGAAUUGCAGUUUUGGUUGCAAACAUACGAGUGUUGUUCGUUUACCUUUUGAAUAUGAAAUAGAAAAAAACCCUGUCGUGAUUCAGGAACUGCCUUUGUGGGAAAUAACAGAACUGAAAGCUAGUGGACUAAAUGCUAAACUAGAUAAGAGACUGAUAAGACGUGGCGUGGGCCGCGGUGACUUCACCUCCUCAGCAAAUUAGGCUUCACACAAACUCCUCAGACCGGUUUGUGAUAAUCCAGGAAUGAAACAGCUUUCUCCCCCUAAAUGACAGUGAAGGUGAAAGAGGUCUAAAGUCUCCUUCACAACAAUGAUAGACUUUGAGCUGGUUUUACUGCUGUGUAUCAGAAAGGUGCGGUGGCCAAAGUCCUGCUUUACGAUGCCCGACCUGGCACUUCCUGUGAGAUUUUUGUGUUGAUUAGCGCUUUUAGUCUUCAUCUCAAUGUGCUAUUAGACUUUUAAGGGGACAAACCAGUUUGUGGCAUGAAAAACCAAACUUAACCCUCAGUAAUUGGCUUAAUGGUUGAAUUCACUCUCGGUGGUUUGAUGUGGGUGAUAGAUACUUGGCAAAAUGAAUGUGAGGAGGAUUUCCACAAGUAACAGCCAGUGACUUGAUUAUUAAUGACCACUUGUUCUUUAUCCAUAUUUUAUUUUUUUCUGCUUUUUCUUUAAUCCGUUGUGUUGUUGACAAGCUAAUGUCUUGUAUAUAGCUAACACAGCCUCCUUACAGCCGGAGGACGCACUCUGGCUUACGGUCAAUAAGGAUUAAUUAAUGAAUAACUGAUUUUUUUAAACGACUUCCCUUCAACUCAAGACUCAUGCUCCGUCACAAAUGGAGUAAUUCAGGCUGAAGUUCAGGAGGGCACUUGUGAAAUUAAUGUCUCCAUAUAAUUAACAUUAAUAUGGAGCAAACAAUUCUACCCUUUUCUAUGAUAUUGAAGCUUGUGAGCUUGGUUAAAACAGAGGAUUUAUUAGUUGAACGAUGGGAUCCACUGAUGAAGUAUAUGUAUCGUCAUGUCCAUAAACUGGCCCCAUCUUGUGGCCAAAGCAAAAAAUAAAUAUGAAAAGCACAUCACUAAACAGCUGAGGAUUGUAAAAAUCAGCUAAAUUACGAACAUAUAAAUUUAUUUAAACCAAACAUUGCCCCCAAGAUACUUUGCAAUUGAAUAAGAAAACGAACACUUGCACUUGUUGCUGUCAACCUCAGCCUCGAAGUUACUCGUAAUUGUUUUCUCUGAAGUGUGUCACUGGAAUAUUCUUUUCCUCUCUUGUCAUUUGGGACUGUGGAAUUAAACCAGUGCGAGAAGACUGAAGAUUGUAAUAUAAAUGUGCCAACAAAUAAACACCAGUAUUUCACAUUCA